UGUAAAGCUUUAUUUUGAAUGGGACUCCAAACAUGACUUUUUCCACAUCUGUUUCAGGAAAUACAGAUGUCAUGAAUUUCAAGCGCUCCAUUUUAUCGGCACUUCAAACGAAUUUGGUGCGUGACAAAGAAAAUGUCAUAGAGACAGACGUGAUGGGGACACAUAAUUCUCACUACAAGUCAACAGAGCUGCAGUUUGGAGAAAUGGAAAUCAAGAAGCAUGUUUCUUCCAAGGAAGUCAACGUCGACAAUAGCACUGACGUGGACACCGACGAAGUGGACAACGAGACAGAUGAAGUCCAGCAUGUUAAUGGAGGUAUACUGACCAGCGUCUCAGGGCACGUGCAGGUGUUUGACAGACCAGCUGAGCAGUGUCUGGUGUUUACCAAAGAUGGACUGUAUUGAGGAAAAAGUUCGACGGAGAGGAUAAGUUAAGUCGAGCUGUGGCGAACUUCAUAAAGGAUCCAUCAGCUCUGUCAAAAUUGGACGAAGUGAACGAAAUUCUGUCGCUAGAAAAUGAGCUUGGGAUGCCACACAACACUGCAACCUCUGCAGCCGCCAACAAACCGCCCUUGGUUAAGCAACUGCUACAAGCAACAAAAGAGAUUGUUACCAAGUGCUCGACACAUUGGGAAAUAUGCAAAGAUAUACUGGAUCUUUACAUCACUGCAGGCGGCAAAGAAGUCGAAAAGACGCUGUCAGAUCUGGUCCAGUCUCACCCCCUUUCUGCCGACCAAAAACAGGAACUGGUUCAGAAGAUGUCCUUUAUUGCCAAACCUACAAACCACAUCCUGACCACAGUUAAGACACUCUGGAACACGGUGUCCGCUCAAGGUGAUCCAUCCCAAAGUCACGUCAUACUUACCCUCGGCUCCCUCGCCUCGAAGGAAACUACCACCACUGGUUUCCGAUCAGAAUUGGUGGAUCUUCUUCGACGCCAUCUCCAAUCAGGCGACAAAAAUAACAACACGGAGCAAAUCAGUGACGCUCUUGAGGCUAUAGGUAACUUUGGAGACAACAGACUUACACUGGAUGUAUUGACAAUUGCUAAAAAGAGAGGACAACUGGAAGAGAUAGAGAUAGGCUGUAUCCACGCUCUGAGAAGAAACGUCCACGUUGAGUCAGUUCAGAAAUGGCUAGUUGAUUUGCUGACCCGUCAAACAUCUAGCUGUGAAUUACUUGAAGCUGCCGUGGUGACCAUCAACGAUGAACUUGCCUACAGAAAGAUACUGGAUACCAAAAAUAAGGAAUGGCCCAAUGCAGGUCACACAGACGUGGAUAGAAUUCUUCUCGAUGUACUUCUCAUGGCAGAUAUAAGAUACGAGUGCGCAUUUUCAGAUAUAAAGCAGUAUUUCCGACUUAAAGGUGUACCGAUUGGUAAACACAUUGAAAUUUACGAGACAGUGAAUUCCACGCGCACCAAGAGAAGAGUUGACCAUGUUGGCUGCAGUUCUUGGGGCACCUACGGCUCACGCUAUUCUGAAUUGUUAAGUUCUAGUCAGUUCUCAAAUGAUAACUCCUUGUUCCCAAACAACAAGCACUGUCUUUCCCACAUCAGUUACGGUCCUUCGAAAGUUAACGUCUAUGUCAAGUCCGGCGUCUUUGCUGGUAAAGAUGAAGUUCGAAGACACUGUAAAGUGUACGGCAAGGCAGUAGCUAAACUCAAAGUCUUCUCCAGGAGCCUCACACUCGCAACCGCAGAAGUGUAUCGUAUCAAGACUAGCAGCAGUAGAACAAGGGUCUAUCUCAAUUUCUAUGGGAAGACUGUGGUGAACAUUUACCAGUCCGGCCCGCUGUACAAAAACUACCCCAUUUACAGACCAUCGCCAAAAACCGUCACCUUGUUCCAGAUUUAUGUCUUAGUCGCCAAGAUCUCUGUAACCAUUACCUUGGCUCCAAGUGUGGACUUCAAUGUAAGGGCAGGGUUCUGUUCUCGUUCAACAGAUCCUUGUUCCCACUGUCUGACGGUGACCCUCAAAGCAGGUCUUCGUAUUUCUGGUGGUGCUUCUGCUAAUUUGCUUGCACUGGUUCGCGGCGGGAUUGAUGUCGACGUCACUCUCAAUUACUCUCAAUUACCUAGUUGAAGGAGAAGGGAAGCUCUACCCUGGGGUUUGUUUCUCGUUCUACCACGGACACGGCCCCAUGAGCAUUGACAUCCAAGCUUGGUAUCAAAUACGAUCUAAGUUUAAAAUAAGAAGCUUGUGGAUCUGGAAGUGGCUAUGGACCUGGGGAAGCAGGGAGACGUGGAGGCCAUCAUCGCUGUCUUAGAGCCUCGGAAGAUCCAGUAGAAGACGUAUUGCGGGCACAUGCUAGUCAUGGCUGUUACAUGAAUUACACAAAAGUUCUUGACUUAGUGCCAAGAUAUUUUACGUGUGCAUUCGCGUUCUUGUACGUGUACAUGAGUGUUCAUGCGUGCACUCGCAUGCAUAUGCGUUAUUUACAUAGAAUCUAAAUAAGAAGUCGGUCGCAGAUUGUUUCUAUGCAGCUUAGAUAUAGGUCAGAAACCACUAAAUUAUUUCUUACUGACGACCACACUAAGAAAUACUUGCAAACUGUUUGGUAAAACAUUUCCUAUCCCCAAGGACAGCAGACUUAACUCCCAAUGGCACAAAAAAUACUGUUGACAAGGUUCUUUCCUUACACCUGAACACAUGCACUCUGUUGUUUGUAAACAAACCACUGCACCGCUCAGUGUCAGUAGCUCCCUCUGUCAGAGGUCUCACACUGCACGACACCUGUGCUUGGUUCUGACAUAAAAAUGGCAUUAGUUUACACCCUAUCUUGCUAGUUAACACCAAAAUUAACCCUAGUAACACACAAGAAAUUCCAGGAAAAAAUUGGAAAUAAAUCACUACUUUCUCUCACAGCACUACAUUCAAAAACAGCCUGUGAUAAGUCUAUUUGGUGGUUUCUGCCCUUAUGUACAUGUAGUAACGCUUUUGAAACUAAGCACAUGGCUUUUGUAGUUCACCAAAGCUGUCGGAGUGAUUUGUUUUUUGUGCAUUGUGUUGAACAAAAUAUUUCAUUUUAUUUAAUUAUUAUUUUUUAUUAAUUCAUUAGUUUUUAUUGUUUAUUCGGUGAAUUAAUAUUAAUAUUAAUAUCGCUUGCCAAAUGUUUUACAAAGUGGUAUACGAAACGUUUUUUUUUUAGUUGAUUGACAAUGAAUCGUUAUUUUAUUUGGUCGUAAGUGGGGGAAUAAGUAGAAACUUAGCAUGUUCAAUGAUCACUUUCGUAAGAUUUGAAUAUGUUUGAAAAAUAGAUAUUUUUCAUAUUAUGCAGCUUUGGUUUCAAAUGCCAAUAAAUAGGAUGGUCAAAAUGCGAUCUGUGCUGUAUAAUUGUACACAACUACGAGCGGUAGACCUAACAUUUAAGCAGUAUGGGUAUACAGCCGACUCUUAGUUGUAUAACAUGUCCCAAACAUCCCACAACACAUGGUAUAGAUAUAGCGAUAAACAAUUUUAACUCGGGUUACGGUAAAAACUAUAAAAUGAGAAAAAAAUUCUUAGUCUCAUAUGCUAUUUUCAAGAUUGAAUGCUGAAAUUCAGAAGUAUUUUCGGCCACUAAGCCGACUAUCUUUAUCUAGUACUUCCUAUACCAGAAUAUUUAUACACGAUUUACAUCGAGUUUGCUCAGUAUGAAUUUAAUUUCAUCUUAAUCCAUAUCCAAUGUCCUGCUAGCCACAUGUACAUAUGCCCCUUAUUGUGAUCUUAUAUGUACAACUUGAGCAAAAUAACUGUCCGUUUUUCACGUGAUAUACAUUACACAAUCUGUUGAGUUAC